AUGGCCUCCGUUGCGGAUCUCCCGUACAAGAUGCACGUCACCCCGGACAACACGGGUCUCUGGCGCAUUAAGCAGACCGACGAGGCAGCCAAGAAGGCCUCGGAGCUGUUGCAGGAGGACAUGGAAAAACACCACGUCUUCUUCAACAACGAAGGCUUCCACAACCACAUCCCACACCACCUCCUGGCCCUCUACGGCACCGGCGCGGGACCAUCCCACCUAGCCCAAGCGUACCACAACAACGCAAGCUACCAGCGGCCGGCCCUGCCGCCACACACCUCCCAGCCCGGUGCGCCGCCGCUUGACUUCCGGCCCUUCCCCGCCGCGGCAGCGCCCUAUUUCGGCCGCGAAGAGUACUACCCGGACUUCCUGCGCUUCUUCCAGGACGAGAUCCGCAACCUCGGCAGCUGGCAGGCCGUGGUGGGCCGCUAUGUCCUGGGGAUUGGCGGCCGGGACGGCGACGAGCAAAAGGCCGAGGGCGGGGGGGAGGAAGAGCCGAUGCUGACGCGGCUGUUCGCGGGGUUUCUGCACCCGCUGAUCCAGCUCAUGUACGGCGUCGAGUGGAACCAGGAGGCUGUCGUGGCCGAGGGGCUUGCGCAGGCUGCUGUGCACAGCGGGGAUAUUGGGGCGUAUCUCUUGGGGGCCGAGAAAAGGGCGGCGGCCAGGGAGAGUCUGGACUCUACUACUACUACUACUACUAUUGGAGAAGGAGGAGUGAGGGUGGCGGACUUGUUGGAGGAGGUUAAGAAGCACGGGAAGCUGGCGGUUGCGGCGAGGAUGGAGGACGCGAAUAAGAUCCGGGAUGGGGUGCUUGCGCGUGCCGGGGAGGAGAUGAUUGAGCUUGCGGCCAGGGUGAGGGUGCGGCCGGACGAGGUGGAGGAGCGGACGGCCGAGAUGUUCAAUACGGCGCUGUACGUGGCGGCUGCGGCGGCGCUGGUGAAGGAGGGGAAGCGGCCCAAGUUUGAUUUCUUUUUGAUGCACCACGUGAACGCCAGCCCCAUCUUCGUGACGCUCAUUGCCGCGGAUUGGAUUCCGGCUGAGACCAAGGCGCGUCUUAUCGAGUGGAAGAUCAGGAUGGACUUGCUCCAGUAUGCCGCGCGCGGAGUGCCGGAGCUGUCGGUCGAGAAGCUGGCGAGUUACCAGCCCCAGAAGCCGCAUGCUGGAGGGUCACUGCCCGAAAUCAUCGCCCGCCUGCAUACCUUCCCCGACGACGGACAUGCCAUCAAGCUGGGUAGGGCGACGGGUGUCUGCCACAACAUCUGCAGGAAGUAUGAAGACGAAGGCAAAGAUUGGCUCAAAGUAAAGGGCGAGGAUAUGUGGAAGAGAGUCAGCCACUUGGUCGUCGACUCGGUUGAGGCGCCCGGCCCACACUGGGUGCGCAGUUGUGGCUUUGACGAAGCCUGGAAGGAUGUCCCGGACGCCUAG